UUCUCGUGUUGGUGUGCAGGUGAAAUUUUACUGUGAUCGAGACAAAGAGCUUGACUAGCUGAAAGUAUUACAGUUUCUGACUUCUUAACAGGGUUUACAGGCUAAAUGAAACAUGCUUAAGCGCAGUAGUAUUGUUUGGGGAAAACUAAAGGGUUUACCAUGGUGGCCAGGAAUAGUCGUGGAUGCAGACGACUGUGGGCAAAGUAAUGUUAGAAAUGAUCACCAAACCAAAUUGUGGAUAUUUUGGUUUGGUGACCAUAAAGUUAGUCAGGUUGAAUCCAAGAAUUUAAAAGAAUUUGAAGAAAAUUUUUGUGAGAAAAGCGUUUCAAAAAAUAAACUUCUGAAGUGUGCGGUUGAAGAAGUGUUGAUUAUUCUCGCAGAUCGUUACAAUAUUGAGUACAGUGAUCCUUCUUCUUUAUUUGAAUGGGCAAAAGAAGGUUUCAAAAAAAAGAUGCCACUUCCAUCUGGAGAAUCAAUUUCACUUUAUCUGCCUGAUAUAGUCAAGACUGCUCUUCAGAAACACUACCCAAAAAGAAAAAGUGAAAGUAGCUCAGAAGACGAUAGUGAGAAUGAAAUAGUUAAUGUACUUAAUGAAGUUUCAAAGGGCCGUAAAUCACUGGAAGAUAUUUGUGUUAUGUGUUGCAAAUCAAAGAAUUCGGUUAUCAUGAAGCAUCCAUUAUUUGUUGGUGGUGUGUGCCAGAAAUGCAAAAAGGAUAUGGAUAAAAUAAUUGAAGCUGAUAAAGGAAAGGCAAAUGAUAUCUGUGUUUUGUGUGGCCAAGGCGGAAAUUUGAUAUAUUGCGGCAACAGCAUGUGUUUAUGUGCGUAUUGCAAAACCUGCAUUGACUAUAUGGCACCAAAAGGCUCUUUUUCAAAGAUUUUGAAAGACAACGAUUGGAAAUGUUACUUGUGUGAGCCAAAACGUCAAGCAGGUUGUCUUAUUAAAAGAAGAGAAAUAUAUUUAUCCAUGUCUGCAGCUACUCCUAUAAUACCACCUGAAAAAGUACCUAUUCGUGUUAUAGGUGAUACUAACGCAGCUCUUUCAGUUUUAAAAAAGAAAAAGAUUGCUGUAGACUUAUAUUGCACUGAAUCAUCGCAACUUCAGGAGCCGAGUACUUCAAAGAGACAUGACCUUUAUACUGACUUUUCUGAUGAAGAGUUUCAUGAAAUAUCUGCUGAUUUCGUAUUUGGUUCAUUUUUUGUUCCAUCUUCUGUUGUAGAUGACAGGGAAAAGGUUUUGGAAUCAUUUUCUACAUCAUUCUACAGGUUUCUCUACAGACUAAAUGGCGCCAGAGUAGUGAUGCCGUCAUUAUUUUUUUUUUACAUGUCUGAUGGUGAAUUCAUGGACGACGAAAUUAAAUCGCGUGUGAUGCAGUUCCUCAGGGUUGAUCCAAUUAUAGUCAUGUUUCCUUUGAAGAAUAUAUAUUUAUGGACUAAUGUUCCUCCUAUUAAGGGCAUAAAAAAUCGUAAAUAUUCAAUGAAGAGAAACUUGCAUUUGGAAAUUGAAGAAGAUAUACUAGAUAAAUUUUUAGAACCACUAAAGAACUUCUACAAGAAGGAAUAAAGGAAUCUUAUUUUAAAUAUCAUUCAUUGAAUUUCAUUAUUUUUAAUUGUUUAUCUUGUGUGACGGAAUUCAAAAAUAACCUUAGUGCAAUAAUUGAUUGUUAGCAUGCUAGUUUUUUUUUUUUUUGGCAAUGCUAUAUUUGAA